AUGCGUUCUCGCAUCGCUCCGCUCCUCGGGGCGGCACCGCUGCUCCUAGCCGGGCUGGCCGUUGCCGACCCAUACACGGCAAAGCACGAACUCGGUCGAUGCGCCUUCAGGGGUCAGUGUGGGAAACAGAGUCUCUUCGGCAAGGAGCUGCCAUGCGUCGACAAUGGCCUGGCACAUAAUCCCGAUGCCGACCUCCGCAUGGAGCUUGUUGAUCUUUGCGGUCAGGAAUGGGCUGACGGCCCGGUCUGCUGUACCAUGGACCAGAUCAAAUCACUGAAAUCCGAGCUUGGAACACCCAAUACUCUAAUCGGCUCCUGCCCAGCUUGCAAGAAGAACUUCUUCAACAUGUUUUGCAAAUUCACCUGCUCCCCAGACCAGUCUAUUUUCGUCAAUGUCACUGAUGCGGCGAAGAAGGACGGAAAACUUCUCGUCACUGAGCUCGAUCAGCUUAUAUCCGGCGAAUACGGGUCCGGCCUCUACAACAGCUGCAAGGAGGUCAAGUUCGGCGGCGCAAACAGCAAGGCCAUGGACUUGAUAGGCGGCGGGGCCCAAAACUACCACGACAUGCUGAAGUUCCUGGGUGACAAGAAACCGUUUGUCGGAUCCCCCUUCCAGAUAAACUAUCCCAAGGAAUACAAUCAGCCGAAUAUGCGACCCUUGGACAUGAAGCCGAAGAGAUGCAACGACGACGACGCCGACUACCGGUGCGUCUGCAUCGACUGCCCCGAGGUGUGCCCCGAACUUCCAGCCGUCGACCGGACGGGCUCUUGCCACGUUGGACUGCUGCCUUGCCUUUCGUUUGCCUCCAUCCUCACCUACAGCCUUCUUCUGUUCGCCUGCGCCGUUGUCAUAUUUGGGAAUGUCUCGUGGAAGAGGUAUGAACAGCGCCGCGCCGAACGAACUCGACUGCUUCACGAAGCCUCGCAUAGCGACGACGAUGAUGAAGGAGGGCCAGUCUUAACGGAGGCGAUGCGUGAUCGUCCAACCAAACGCUACUGGAUCAACGACAAGUGCGACAAACUCUUCUACACUCUUGGCCACACUGCCGCCCGAUUCCCUAUCUUCACGAUCGGCGCGAGCCUGAUUGUCGUUGCGAUCCUGAGCGCCGGUUGGUCUAGAUUCGACCUCGAAAGGGAGCCUGCUCGGCUCUGGGUCAGUCCGUCUUCGGCCGCCGCCGAGGAGAAGGCCUACUUUGACGCCAACUUUGGCCCAUUUUACCGCGCAGAAAAGAUAUUCCUCGUCAACGACACGAACGCCUCUGGUCGAGGGCCAGUUCUCAGCUACGACACUCUCCAGUGGUGGAUGUCGGUGGAGAAGAACAUUGAGAAUCUCAAGAGCCCAAAGUUCGGCGACCGCCUCAACGACGUAUGCUUCAAGCCGACAGGAAAUGCCUGCGUCGUCCAGUCCGUAACAGGUUAUUGGUGGUCUCGGGGUGACCCGGACCCCAGCACGUGGAGGAGCGACCUUCGAAACUGCGCAAGAUCCCCGGUGGACUGCCGACCAGAGUUCGGGCAACCGAUGGAAGCCAACAUGAUCCUUGGUGGAUUCGACGAAGACGUGGCCGACGCUCAGGCAAUCACCGUUACCUGGGUCGUCAAGAAUGCAGAGGAAGGCACCAGUCAAUUGGCACGCGCCAUCGACUGGGAGAAUGCCCUUCGUGACCGCUUCCUUGAGGUGCAGAGGGAAGCAAAGGAGCGCGGACUCCGCUUAUCGUUCAGCACGGAAAUCAGUCUGGAACAAGAGCUGAACAAGUCUACCAAUACCGACGCCAAAAUCGUCGUCGUCAGCUACAUUGUCAUGUUCAUUUAUGCAUGCCUGGCCCUGGGAACGCCCCUGAAACACCUCUUCCGGAACCCGGCACUGCUGCUGGUCGAGUCCAAGGUCACCCUGGGUCUCGUGGGCAUCGUCAUUGUGCUCAUGUCCAUCGCGAGCUCCAUCGGCUUCUUCUCCUGGGUUGGUCUCAAGGCCACACUCAUCAUAGUCGAGGUCAUACCCUUCAUCGUCCUCGCCGUCGGCGUCGAUAACAUUUUCCUCAUCGUUCACGAGCUCGACAGGGUCAACGCGAGCUGCCCGGACCAGAUGGUGGAAGAGCGGGUAGCCCGGGCGCUCGGCCGCAUGGGCCCUUCCAUCCUCUUCUCCGCCUUGACGGAGACUGCGGCCUUUGCUCUCGGCGCGGCGGUCGGCAUGCCCGCCGUCCGAAAUUUCGCCGCCUACGCCGCUGGUGCCGUCCUCAUCAACGCCGUCCUUCAGAUGACCAUGUUUGUCUCGUUCCUGUCCCUCAACCAGGUGCGGGUCGAAGACCACCGGUGCGAUCUCUGGCCGUGGUGGCAGGUGAUCAAGGCACGCGUUUAUCUCAACGACGGCAUCGGCUUCUCCGGCAGCACCGGCGCCGACGAGGAGAGCCUGCUUCAAAUAUUCAUCAAGAACACCUACGCUCCCGCCCUUUUCGGAAAAAAAGUCAGGUUAGGCGUCGUCGCCAUCUUCCUUGGCAUGUUUGCGGCCGCGUUGGCGCUGCUGCCUACGAUCCAGCUUGGCCUCGACCAGCGUGUGGCGAUUCCGGAUGGCUCCUAUCUGAUCCCGUACUUUGAUGAUCUGUACGACUACCUGGAGAUCGGCCCGCCUGUCUAUUUCGUCGCACGAGGCGUUGAUGCGGCCCAUCGGAAGGUGCAACAGGAGCUCUGCUCACGCUUCACCACCUGUCAGCCGUUUUCUCUCACCAACACCCUCGAGCUGGAGAGACAGCGGUCGGAAGUAUCCUACAUUUCUUCACCCACUGCCAGUUGGAUGGACGACUUCUUCCUCUGGCUGAAUCCCGUCUACGAGAGUUGCUGUGUGGAAGAUGGCAAGCCGUGCUUUGCCGAGCGAAAGCCUGAGUGGAAUACGACGCUUUUUGGAAUGCCGGAAAAUGAAGAGUUCAUCCGAUACCUCCACAAAUUUCUCACGGCCUCGGCGGACGAUGAAUGCCCCCUCGGUGGUCAAGCUGCGUAUGGAGAUGCAGUCGUCGUGAACGACAAGGAGAGCAGCAUACAUGCGAGCCACUUCCGAUCGGCGCACACACCUCUCCGAAGCCAGGCGGACUUUAUCAACGCAUACUCGUCAGCGCGUCGGAUUGCGUCGGAGAUCAAGGAGCGGACCGGCGCCGACGUGUUCCCCUACAGCGUUUUUUACAUCUUUUUCGACCAGUACCUGAGCAUCGUGCCGCUCACAGCCAGUCUCCUGUCCGCCGCGGUGGGCAUCGUCUUCGUCGUCGCCUUGGUGCUUCUCGGAUCGAUGCUCACGGCCGGCGUCGUUGCAAUGACGGUCGUCAUGAGUGUCGUCGACAUCAUGGGAGCCAUGGCCGUCUUCAACGUGUCUCUGAACGCUGUGUCUCUGGUCAACCUCAUCAUCUGCGUCGGCAUAUCGGUCGAAUUUUGCGCGCACAUUGCCCGUGCCUUCAUGUUCCCGUCGCGGACGGUCAUGGAGAGCAACAACAACGCGUUUCGCGGACGCGAGGCCCGGGCUUGGACGGCGCUUGUCAACGUCGGCGGCUCCGUCUUCUCUGGCAUCACCAUUACGAAAUUGCUCGGCGUCUGCGUGCUCGCAUUUACACACUCCAAGAUCUUUGAGGUGUACUACUUUCGCGUGUGGCUCGCACUCGUCGUCUUCGCCGCUCUCCAUGCGCUCGUGUUCCUGCCCGUCGCACUGAGCAUGGCGGGAGGGAGCGGGUACGUGGAUCCGGAGAGCGAGGGAACGGCUGCGCAAGAUCUGACGGAUCGACGAUGGCGUGCCAUACGGAUUCACGAACACAGCGACUCCGACGACGAGUACUAG